UAAGGAGGAACCGUCGUAGGUCACCUCGUAUCAAGUUUCUUUGUUUCUCUGUUCUUUCCUUGGAAGAACACAGGAGGGAGGAGCAGGCAUGGGGAAGGUGAGCAUGCAGCAGCUUGCGCUAGUGGCCCUGGUGCUGGCAAGCCUCGUGUUGUCGGCCCAGGAGGCCGACGGGGCUCGGCCCGAGUCGACCGGCGGCGUCAUCAGCUACCGUGCUCUCGUGCGCGGGAAUAGCGCCAACACCUCCGACGCCAACGUCCGGCCUUCUGCGGUGGCCAACCCUUACACGCGCGGCUGCAGCAAGAUCAACCGUUGCCGCGGUUGAUGCGUGCCUGCGUGUGUAUCUCUUGUUUUGCUCGAACGUUCGAACGUUGAUCCCGUGUGCAAGCCAGGAGUAUGAUACAACACGCUCGCUUCUUUCAUCAAUACAAGAUCAUGCAGUGUUUUCUCUGAA